AUGGAGAUGACGUUUUCGUUCACGGAUUCCCCCAUAUCUACCGUCAUUACAAAUUUGUUUUUCGCUGUCGAUAUCGACCGACCAUCGAAUUUGACCGGGCAAUUCGGUUACACAACCACUAUGGGCGCCAGCCAUUGGACGUACCAUACCAAUGCCCUAGUAUAUUCGGCUACCAAUCUUCCCAAUACAAACCACACAAUAUCGAUGUCGGGCUAUGGUAACAUGCGGUCCAGCGUCCUCUUCGACUACUUAAUAUAUACCAAUGGUAGCGACCCCAUGACCAGUGUUGGUGCGACGCCAACGGCGUCAUCGCAAUGGACUCCACCCCCAGCCACAAGCGAGUCGUCCUUGCAUAGUUCCACUGUGAAUGUGGCAGCUAUCGCUGGAGGUGUGGUCGGAGGAGUUGUCUUCGGCGUGGUAGCGGCUGCUACCUUCCUAUUUGUGCUCUACAAGCGGCGCCGAGCGAACGUCCCAAGAAGUCUGGAUCUCGAUGGGUCAGAAAGGGAUUACCACGGAAAUCUCGAUCCUUCAGCACUAGAUAACACCGGAAAUCCACCCCGCCAAGGAUUGUCCCAUACCACGGAAGCGCUAGAUGAUGCUACGCAACCACGCAUCUCCCCGUUCACAGCUUUACCUCCCAUCAUUGACUCGCUAUCCUCUGCGGACGUCACGAAUACCGCGGUAGGCACGUCGCGAUCUUCGUCUCCCACAAGGUCGGGGAAGCAUAGGAGAGCUUUGACGAAGCAGAUCCGCGAAAAGGAGGAAGCCCUCUCAGACCUGCAACGGCGGCAGACACUGACGGAGCAGCGAGAUUCUGGGGCUGACGAAGAGUCGUGGAGAGAGAUCCGACGGCUGAGGAUGGAGGUGGAGCAACUACAAAUGCAGAUCGCUCAGCGAGAAGAGGAUCUGGUUCCCCCGAGAUAUGAGGAGCAUGAGCAAUAG